AUGAGACAUUCAUUCUUGUCCCCGCUGGCAGGAUGCCUGGUGUCCUUCUCCCUGCAUCACGCAUCGUACGGCCUGAAUCCAGCAGACACCAUCACCUGGGGAGGUGACACUUCUCGAGCUGGCUAUGAGUCCAACCACAACCUCGACCCCCGUGUCAUCGCGAGCGCAGACUGGGGGAACAUUUGGACGGCAAAGCUGCCCGGAGCCUUUGCUGGGCUUGCAUUGGAACAAGUCCUGUCGCAACCACUGGUCUAUACAACUGAUGAUGGCAUUCAAUACGUCUUCGUGGCUACGACACAGAACAACCUAUACAAGAUUAACGCUAAAACUGGAGAGGUUGUCACAUCGCGAAACAUUGGUGUACCGUUCAUGGCGGCGGAUCUAGGGAGCUGCUUCGACAUCACUCCGUGUAUCGGAGUGACUGGUACUGGCGUGAUUGAUCCAUCCUCGGGCCUCUGGUAUUUGACCUCAAAGACAUACUCGGAUCAAUUCCAAAACACGACCUUCGGCCCCAAGUCCUCACCAGGCCGUGCAAACGGUCGUUACUACUUCCACGCCAUCAACACCUCCGAUCUUUCCGAAGCACCCAAUUUUCCGGUAUCUGUCGGCGGCACGGUUUUUCGUAACAAUCCUCGACGGCAGCUUAUCGCCGGCGACCAGCAUCAGAGACCAGCAUUGCUUCAGGUCGGCAAUUUCAUAUACACAGGCUGGGCAUCACACUGCAUCCAAGGCGGCGAAGAGCCCAACACUGUAGCCGGAGGAGGAGUGUGGAUGAGUGGAGGUGGCCUGGCGUACGACGGCGCCGGCUCCAUGUUCUUCUCAACCGGCAAUGGUUACGCUGCACAACUUCCUGCAAAUGGCAGUCCUGUCGGAGGUCGAAAUCCGCCAACCGCUCUCGAAGAGGCAGUCGUGAACAUGAGGAUCAACAAUGAUGGGACCAUCCAGCCGGUCGACUUUUUCAUGCCUUGGGAGAAGACACAGCUCGAUGGCGCAGACAAGGAUCUAGGAACCACACCGUUUCAACUCUUGCCAUCCUCCUUUACGUGCCCCAACAGCCGCCGUAUAGGAAUGGUCACUGGCAAGUCCGGCAAAACAUAUUGGCUCAAUGUCGACAAUCUGGGCGGAUACCAAAUGGGAGCAAAUAGACUGGAUGCCGCCAUUCAAGUGUUUCAACAUGAGAACUCGGUUUAUUCUGCCGCCGGCAUCCAGCCUCUCGGCGGCUACAUCUACAUCAACGUCAAUAAUCAGAAAACCAGAGUGCUUCAAUUCAGCUGCAACGCCAACGGCGAUGCAACGUUUGUCGAGGUAACUACCACCGCCGAGAAGAGUGCGCAAUAUCUCGGAGUUGGUCAUGGCACCACGACAUCACUCAACGGGCAACCUGGGACAGGUCUAUAUUGGAUGACGGAUGUCGAUGGACUAGACCUCCGAAUCUACGAUGCCACCCCCCCGAGUGAUGGGAGCCCGCUCAAGUUGCUCCGAGGUUUCAACAUUCAAGGUCCUGGCAAAUUCAAUCAUCCGGUGUUUGGAGACGGAAGAGCUUACGUUGCUGCGCGUGGUUCUCUGUGGGCAUUCGGCGCGCCUGUCAAUCUCCCACUCAAUUGCACCUCGCCGAUUGCCUUUCCUCGAACGGCCGUCAAUAGCACGUCUACCCCAAUCCCGGUCACUUGUGUUGCCAACGUCGCUACAUCCGUGACGAGCUUCAACAUCUUGGGAAACCCAAACUUUGUUGCAUCAGGGUUGCCGACAUUGCCUCUGGCACUUGCCGCAGGGGACUCGUUCCAAUUUCAGGCCCAAUUUGCUCCCAUGCAAGUCGGGCCUCUUUCGAGUGACGUUGUGAUCAACACCACCAAUGCAGUUGCUGGCUCAUCGAGCCGCACGCCAGUCACGUUGACGGGAACCGCAAGUUCAACUUCAGCUUUGCUCAAUAUUCAGCCCAUCACCCUCACUUUCAACACCACAAUCGGCGCCGGAGCAGUGUCGAAGAGCGUUUUCUGGAAUAAUGACGGUGACGCUGCGUUAACAGUGAGCGGUGUCUCAUUCUCGGUGGUUUCCGAACAAGGGCCCUGGUUCACGCCCAACACUACCUCCGAUGGUGGCUCUCAAGUUGCGCAAUUCACCUUUUCCGACCUUCCAAGCUCGAUCGGCCCGGGCAGUCAGCAGUCUGUGGGAGUCGUCUACAAUCCUCCUGCCGCUGGGAACCAUGCUGUCUUUGUCAAGAUCGUCACCAGCGGCGGAACCAAGAUCUUGGAUGUCUUCGGCACAGUUGGUAGCCAACCUGUGGCACUCUACGAAUUUCAAAGAGCAGAUGGCUCAGGUUGGGAUCCUUAUGUGCCCGGUCAAAAUUUCUCCUUUGGUGAUGUUGCUGCAGGAACUGUGCGGACCCUUGCAUUGCGGAUCACAAACAAUGGAUCCUCCACGGCAUCGCCUUUGGGUUUGACCGUCUCAAAGCCUCCAUUCGAUGCCCCGGGCUACCUUCGUGCUUCGAACGGUCUUGACCUUGCAGAGGGUACGCAAAUCGCUGCUGCACAGUCUGCAAAUGCUACGCUGUAUUGUGCACCCCCGGAGGUGCAGCCGGAUAUGGCCAGCUCACAGGCUUCGGCUGCAUGGAGAAUCAACACGAAUAAUGACCAAGGAGCCGUCGUUCUUGGAUUCGUCUGCAAUGGGGUUGCCUCUACGAACGAGCUAUCGACGACGACCUCGGGGCCUCUUUCAGGGACCACAUUAAUUUCAUCCACUACUUCGUUGAUCUACUACUCCUUUGACAACCUCAUCCACUUGGUCAACCUCGAGAACGACCUCUGUGAGCGCAACAAGGACAAGUAUCACAACCAGAGUAAUAACGGCAACAAGUUCGAAAUCGACAACGACAAGCUCAAGAACGACGACGACCACGCCCAGCCCAACAUCAAUAUGUGCGCAUCCGAAGCAAAGCGUCGCGACUUUAAGAUCAUGGGCGUCGAAUCCGGAAAGGACUGCUGGAUGGGCGACACAAUCGACGCCCAAGCCCUUCCACUAUCACAAAGCAAGUGCUCCACGCCCUGUCCCGGGAGCAAGACCACAGCAUGCGGUGGCAGCCAAGCUCUGCAGAUGUAUCAAGUCAACAGCACGUUGCUCCGGCCGAAGCGCUCGUCGCCCUCGCCGCUGUCCUGUCCUGCCGCGGACGACACGGUGUACACUGCUCGGAACGGCGCCCGGUACCGCAUCGAGUGCGGAUGGGAUCGAAAGGGCGGGACUUUCACGUUGGUUUCGGCGGCGACUUAUGAGGCGUGUUUGAAUGCUUGUUCGACGAAGACGGGUUGUAAAAGCGUGGCGUUGGUCGGAAAUUACUGCUACCUGAAGACGGGUACGUUGCCGAGUCAGUAUCGCAAUGAUGCUGUGCGAGGAGCGACGUUGGUGACGAAGUAG